AAGGAAUACACAUAGGCUUGCAAAAUGUGGUUCAUUUACUUAUUGAGUUGGGUGGCAAUGGCUAUGCAGAUCUGUCUCAUCACACUGUCACUUGCUGCUGGUCUCUAUUAUGUAGCAGAACUUGUAGAAGAAUACACAGUCAUGGCUGCUAAAAUCAUUAAAGUCUUUCUCAUUUUCACAACUGUGGUAUACAUAGGCUUGAUAUUAUUUGAAGAGUUUCCGCUGAAAGUGACAUUGACGGGUCUGUUCAGCAAUAUUAUCUAUUCCUUACUUCUUAGAAACUUUCCUUUCAUUGAACUCACAGAACCAGUGUUCCUUAUUGGUUGUGUGAUGGUGGUGGUGAAUCAUUAUUUAGCUUUCCAGUACUUUGCAUCAGUGUGGUAUCCAUUUGGUGAGGUAUUGUCAUAUUUUACAAUUUGCCUGUGGUUGGUGCCGUUCAGUUUUUUUGUUUCACUGUCAGCUAAUGAAAAUGUAUUGCCAACAUUAUCAGAACCACAGAGGCAAAGUGGAGACUCUGAUGACGUUGUGAGUAAUUACUUCAAGAAAAGCCGCAAAAGAUAUGGAAUUUUGUCUGUCUUCGAUUAUUUACAGGAAAAAGUGUUUCCAACGAGGAACAAGACAUUUUAAGACAAUUAUUUUAUUAACGAGUCAGUUUGAUAAGUGCUGCAUCAACAUAAUUGAAAGGAGUGUCUUUAUGGAAGUACUGAGCUCCUUGUGUAAAGGCACGUUUUAUUAUUUUUCAAAGCGAUAAGCUUGACGGAAAGAUUUUUCCAUCCACUAGUACGUUUCACUUAUUAUUAUUAGUAGGUGUAUGUUGAGAACAAGUUAUUUCUAGAUGUUUCAAGAUCCUGGAAGCUAUACUGUAAAUCACUGUACUUUUAGUAAAAAUUGCUGUCAUUUCAAAGCUUGUGAUCCCAGUGAAAAGUUCGCUACCGGAGUAAUACAAAAUUUAACAUGUUCAUGCUAUCUGACGAAAUACUCAAGUGACUUGUUCAUUAUAAAGGCAUUGUGCAAACUUGUAUUUAUGUUUACAUAUUAACUUGUCCACAAAAAUGAAUGUCUUCCAGUCUAUGGACCUUCAUUAUUUAAAUUUCCUUGGUUACCAAAAUACCAUUAAUCAUUGCGAUGUUUUGUAAGGCAGUUUUGUAGUAGGGCUUGUAUCGGGUCAUUAUAAAAACAUGUUUAUUCAUUUGCCAUGCGUAUAUAAUUGUGCAUUUAAAGACAGUUGUUGCAUGAAUUCUGUGUAGGUAGAUAAUUCAUUUACAUGCAUUUUAUACGUUGCAUGGGACCCAUAUCAGAUAUGUUCCAUUGACGACUCACUGUGACAUACUAUAUGAUACAAUAUUAGGAUUAUGUGUGUGGACGACAUUGUGUUAAACAAAGCAGUAACCCUGUGUGUUGUCACUUGGAUUCUGCUAAGAGGUACUGUUAAAAAUAUACUAAAAUAAGGUUACUUGUAGAUGGAAGGAUAAAUGGGACAUUUCACUUUGUAUUUCUGAAUUAUUCAAGUAAAACUUAUUGGGUGGAAAUUCCUGCCACUUCGUGUGUUGUUUUUUCGAGCUCAGAAAAAUAAAAAUGUUUAUAGUUGAUGCUGCAGUAUGUUGCAAUAAUAUAUUUUGAAGAAUACUUAAUUUCAUGUUUUUGUGAGAUACAAGUUAAACUUAUUUCACAGUUUGAAAGCAAUUGAGACAAUCUCAGUGUUUUUAUGGGAGGGAAGAGGGAUGUGUAAUAAUAGAAGUUUACGGUGAAGGGAGAGUGCUGAGUGAAUAAGGGGGAUGUAAGUGAAUAUACACAUGUAUAAUAAAGGGUCUUAGCCAGAUUAUCAUGCCAAAUUAUUUCACUAGAUUUUACGUCUUUAUAGAAACUGGUUUGGAUGUCAUUGCCAGUGAUAGAGUUAACAGUUUCUGAAAUUUUGUCAAUGGGUUUUCUUUUUUAAUUUCGAAUUUAUGAACAUAUCAUUGACAGAAACGUUGGCCAAAUUGCUGUUUUACUGUUUUCAAAUUAACAUGGAAACAAAUGUACUAUACAUGUAUUGCACAACAGUUUUUGCUAUUCGAGUUUAAAGAUUAUAAUUUGCAAAGAAGUAGACAAAUUAUUGUGGAAUAUUACCUGAAAAAUAGAUCAUCUUUACGUAUCCUACUUUGUGUUAAUUAUUACUAAUAUGUG